UCCCCACUCCUUAAACAAAGGACACAAACAUCCCUUUUUAGGUAUUCUCUUCUGAAGCAAGUCAUUGGUAUUGAUUUUAUCAAAGAUUGCAGUUGGGAUAAAAGCUUUAAUUUUUUAGGGAACUUUAGCUUUCCAAAUCAAAGAGUACAAGGUAAAAGGAGCAGCAUCAGGAUCACGAAUGAGUUGUGGGCUAGGGUGUGAGGCUGUUGUGGAUGCAAACAAAGCAAUUGAGUUGGAUCCUUCACUGGCCAAGGCAUACCUGCGGAAAGGCACUGCAUGUUUUAAGCUUGAAGAAUAUCAAACUGCGAAGACAGCCCUUGAAACAGGUGCUGCUUUGGCUGGAGAUGAUUCCAGAUUUACCAAGCUGAUCAAAGAAUGUAAUGAUCAUCUUGCAGAGAGAACUUCUGGAACUCACGAAGAAGCUGGAAAAAGAAAUAGCACAUCCCAUGAAAUAGAAGCAAUGGCACCGGUCAAACCAAAAUACAGGCAUGAGUACUACCAGAAACCAGAGGAAGUUGUAGUAACUGUAUUCGCAAAGGGAAUUCCAUCGAGAAAUGUAGUCGUUGACUUCGGUGAACAAAUACUAAGUGUAGCCAUUAAUGUCCUUGGUGAAAAUGUUUAUCAUUUUCAGACUCGAUUAUUUGCAAAGAUAAUACCUGAUAAGUGUAGGUAUGAAGUAUUAUCAACCAAAGUUGAAAUCCACCUUGUAAAAGCUGAAGCUUUUCAUUGGACAUCUCUGGAAUUCAGCAAGAAACUUACUGCUCUGCAAUUAGUAAAUGUGUCAUCAGUUGGAUCCUGCAGGCCUACGUAUCCAUCUUCAAAAGCAAGAGCCAAAGAUUGGGAAAAGUUGGAAGCUCUAGUGAAGAAAGAGGAAAAAGAUGAAAAGCUAGAUGGUGAUGCAGCUGUCAACAAGCUGUUCCGAGACAUUUAUCAAAAUGCAGAUGAUGACAUGAGAAGAGCCAUGAGCAAAUUUUUUGUGGAGUCAAAUGGGACGGUGCUGUCCACAAAUUGGAAAGAUGUGGGUUCAAAGAAAGUGGAGGGCAGCCCUCCUGACGGCAUGGAGCUGAAGAAAUGGGAGUACUAGCUUUAGUUAUGAUGGGCCAACCGAAUUCUGUCGUGAACUCGUGUUAUUAUUAUCAUUGCUCCCUAUUGGGUUGGAAUGUUUAUAUUGUCGUCUUUUAUCUUUUUACCUCUGAAAAAGCACUGUUGUCUUCUUUCAUGGCGGAGGCAGCGUCUCUCCUUUUUCUUUCCAGCAGCUGGCUGUCCUCUUGCAGAGGGUUUGUCAUAUUUGUGCGUUGUUUUGUUAAAUGCUGCAGUUUCAAUAUGUUAUGCUGUAACUAAAUGCCUGCGAAAUCAACCAACACACACACAGCAGCUACGGAAGUACUCUAUAAACAUCUUGGUUGCUCUGGCAAACAUCAUCUUGGCAGCCUGAAUGGCCUUGUUUUGCAA